GUAUUGAUACUUUUAAUUUCAAAACUCAUCAUCAUGUCUGGUCGUGGUAAAGGAGGAAAGGCAAAGGGAAAGUCAAAGACUCGUUCAAGUCGCGCUGGACUCCAGUUUCCAGUCGGUCGUAUCCAUCGUAUGUUGCGCAAAGGCAACUACGCAGAACGUGUUGGAGCUGGCGCUCCAGUCUACCUCGCAGCUGUUAUGGAAUAUCUGGCCGCUGAAGUUCUCGAGUUGGCAGGCAACGCUGCUCGUGACAACAAGAAGACUCGUAUCAUCCCACGUCAUCUCCAGCUGGCCAUCCGUAACGACGAGGAGUUGAACAAACUUCUCUCUGGAGUCACCAUCGCUCAAGGUGGAGUUCUACCCAACAUCCAAGCUGUCUUGUUGCCCAAGAAAACCGAAAAAAGCAGCUCUUAAAUUGACCAUCGAUUCAAAUUCAAAACAA